AAUAACCCAUUCAUUGAUUCAUGUAGUUGCAUGAAAGAAAUUUCAGGUGGCGGAUGAUACUCCGAACAGCACAAGUGGCAAAUCGUCUGGAGUAUCGCGCGAGCGAGAGGCAAAGUUGUUGGAUCAGCAGAGCGAAACGUGAUAGCCGAAGAAUGGUGAACGAGAGGGAGGCCACAGUCUGGCGGGGGACCCAGGUGUAACUUGCCGCUUGCCGCUCGCUCGAACAGUACAUUGCCGGACGCAAUACUUGGCACGCGGUUCCCCUCAAUCCUAUAUUGUUUCAUAUCGUCAUACUGUUUUUUUCGAUUCGCGAAAAAUACGCAAUCCACGCACCGUUUUUGUAAAUUACGAACAAUGUUAUCUGGAUAGCCAGAUCUGCGAAAUAGCGAACGGUACGCGAAAUGUCAUCCGAGCGAUUUCAUAAAGCCGCCCAAGAAGGAGCAUUGGACGUUCUGAAAGAAGCUACGAGAAAGGAUUGUAACGCGCGAGAUGAAGGAGGAAUGACCCCAACAUUAUGGGCAGCCUUCGAAGGUCACAUAGAUGCCCUGAGACUGCUGGUCACCAGGGGAGGCGAUCCGGACAAGACUGAUUAUUUCGGUAAUACAUGCUUGCAUCUGGCAGCAGCGAGGGGUCAUGAAUUCUGCGUAAAAUUUCUGGUGAAAUUUGGUUGCAAUAUCUGGUCAUUGGACAUCGACCGGCAUUCUGCCCGAGAACUUGCGGCGAUAAAUGGUUGCGAGAGAAUUUUGCAGUUCCUAGACCUCGCCCAGGCUGAUCAAGAAUUGAAUAGUCGCAAGAAAAGCCGUCUGCUCCGGGAAAAAGCAGAGAAAGAUGCGGAGAAAAGAUUAAAAGAGUACAUGAAAAAACAAAAGAUGGCUGAAAUUAGGGCGGAAAAGGAACAGAAAAAACUUAUAAAGAAUCGUGCUAGAUCGGACUCCGAGGCGAUGAAUGAAUUAAAUUCUCAACGAUCAGGCGUAUUGACUUUUAAAGGUCGAAUAAAACCUUCGCCGACAUUUAGCGAUAUCGUUGGCACCACCGCGAAGAGACACGGUAGCACGGUAUGUCGGAAAGCCUUAGCGAAGAAAGCCGCCAGUGAUUUCAAGGUCGUAGAGGUUGAAAUAAAUGGAAAAAAAUCCAUUCGAAGUCUGACCGGCGUUCGACGAGAUUCUGAAGUUAUGUACGUAGGCACAUACGAUACUGAAUCUCAACAUAUAGGUAGAAGAGGGAAGAUCUCCGAUGUAUGGGGUACUCUAAGCAAAUCUCAGAGCACGCCCGAUCUCUUAGGUGAAAGGAUAUAUGACGAGGAGGAGGAAGAUAGGCAGGAAGAGAAUUUGAACAUUGCGAAAGACACUGCUUUUCUUCGGGAACCGGCCAGCAUCUUUAACCGACCUGGAUUCGGUUCGGUGGCCUUUAGAAGGGCGAUAACAUCUACGCUGGACAACCUGCCGGUCACGCAGAUGGACGUUCAAUUACAAAACAGCAAUCUUUCUGGAAAUGGUUCGACAAAUGGAUCCAUAAACAGUAACAAAUUUAGUCCAAAUGGACACAACGAAGAGAUCAGUAUAGGAAGUGCUGGCAGUUUGGCACGCAGGCAAAGUUCGUGGGACGAGGAUCUGCUUUCAGAAAGUGAAGAAACAGACGAGGAAUGGACACCUUUGCAGAGAUUUUUAGUCGCCAAUAAUCUCACGUCCAUACAAUCUAUCCUGGAAUCAGAGCAAAUCGAUCUGGAGGCUCUAAUGCUGCUCACCGAAACUGAUAUAGCAGCCCUCAAACUUCCACUCGGUCCUAGACGGAAACUCACGAAUGCAAUCGCAAACCGGAAAAAAGCACUGAGCAUGCCGGAGAGCAUUAUCAAGGACAGUAGACUAUAAGCAAAGAGUAUGUUUCAUUAGCCAUAAAGAAUAUUACUUCCGUCGAUGAAAUUAUCCGUCCAUAUACUAAUGUAUAACAAGUAGUUAUUAAUUGAUUUAUGCAAAAAUAAAAAUUUUGAAAUUCUAAAUAUGGAAUAUUAAAAAAUUUUGUGAAAAUUUAUCGAACUAAUCAUAUAAAAAAACAUUUAAAAAAAGAAAAAAAAUUAAAAAUUAUUCAAUUAUACAAUUACUUGAAUCAUACAUUGGUAGCGCUAUUAUAUAUUUAGCAGUAUAUCUGUAUAAUUUUUAUCACAUAUCAGGAUAAUCUUAAUAUCGAAGUCUUUUGUGUCUUGUAGUUUUUAUAGUUUAUUUACUAUCAACAUAUAUUUUUCUCCAUCAAUACCAUAUAAGAUACUAAAUUUAAAUAAUCUUAUUGGAGACUAAAUUACAUAUGAUUAUAAUAAUCAUAAAUUAUCGUCAAAAAAUAUUGAAAAUCAGGAAAAGAAAAAAAGAGAGCUAAGCACUUGAUCACUAAAUAAGAAUAGAAUACAGUUUAUGCCAUAAUAGAAAGGAAACAAAAAUUCAACAUAUACUGCCAUAAAAUGUAAUGCCAAUGAUGUUGCUAAUACUCAACAUCAGCUUUACAUAUACUCUAGAUUUACAUACUACAUCAUUAUAUAUGAAAUCUUAAAUAUUUACAAUAAUUAAUUAAACAUUAAUUAUUUGUAUUAAAUCAUUUACGAAAAAAUCAGACAUUAGAAUAUUUUAGAUAUUACUGACGAACUUUAUACUGUGUAUAAUCAAGACUUACACUUUCUAUCAUUUAUGUGUGAAGCGCAAUUAUUAAAAAAAAAAGUAAGCAACAAUAACAAUAGAUGAUAAAUAUUGAUUAUCUUUCAAAUAAUCUGAUGAUCUAUUGAAUGACAGUAAUUGUGUAGUAAAAUUUGAUUUUUAUAAUCAUAUCUCAAAUAUAAACGAAAGAGUAUUGAUAAUUACUAAGAUAUAAAUUAGAUUACAGUAUUAUACAUAUUAACUUCGUAACAUCAUGUAUGAUGCGUAUUAUAUCCACAAAUAGCACAAGAUGUACAAAAUGUACACCUUGUUGUACAAAAUAAAUGUAUAACAAUAAAAAUGUACAAAAUGAAUAUAUAACAAUAAAGUAUGUAUAUAUGCAAACAUGAUAGUCACUAUUCACAUAAACAGAAAAAAAUAUAUCAUAAUCAUAACGUGGGCAAGAAAACGACCACGAGGAGUUUCUUUCUCUCGUGAUUUAUUUGUAAAUGAUUAUCUUACAAACAAGAGGCGCAAAAAUAUACAAGCUUCUUAUGUUCGCAAGAAAGUAACAGCACCAUUUCACGCCUUGUUAUGAACACAUGUAUUCAUGUUUGAUCAAGACGUUAUAUUCGUGCAAGUCUCAUGUACACUCAUUCUCGCAAAAGUGCACCAAUGCAACUUGCAGUAAUGUGCAUCGGAAUAAUAAAAGAAGCAAAGAAGAAUAGACUCGUAAAUUUUUUGGUGCCUUACGUUCGUCAAACGUAUGUUUAUACGUUUCUACGCGUCAUGAAUGUACGAAAUACAAUAUAAUUGUGAAUAAUAUAAUACACGAAGUGAUUCCUCCUCACUCUCUUCAUCUCCGGUUUUUAGCUUAUGAAUAUACUAUUACAUCGGGGGAGAAGAGGUUUUGUAUAUUGAUUUCGUUAUAUUCUCAAGUAUAUGUAUUUUGUGUUUCUUAGAGACAUCUAUUAAACGCGUGUCUCUUCAUCAUUAUAUUAUUAUACAUUUACAUAUUUUCGUAUAAAUAUAUCGUUAUACUCAUAAACAUAAAAAGAUAUUUUUUUCGCAUUUUGACAUAAAUAUCUCUUAUAUCAAGUUGGCUUAACACAAUUCCGUACAAACUUCGUUUGUCGAAACUAUCGAAUUUUAUUAAAUUAUAAUUUUAUAUUAAAUAUAUCAAAAACCGAUUUUUAACAAACAAUUUUUAAAAUAUAAUUUUUCAGAAUUACAUAACACGUAUUUGUUUCUUGUAUCUAAAUUUCAUUAUAGCUUAAUCAACAAAACCAUUUUAAUUUCAAAUUUGCUCGACGCAUUGUAUCUGUAGAUAUAUUAUCUUAUAAUGGCCCACAGAUUUCCGACGAGAUAAUUCUUCCAUGAGAAAGGGAAAGCUCCUCACAUGUGGGAAAAUUUUUUCGCUGAUCUCAAAGUGUCGUCUCGUACGCGCUGGUGGUUUAUUACGCAAGAUGGGAAAAUGCCAAUUACAUCGAUGAAAUCCAUUAAUGUUCGAGUCAUCUACUCGCUAAUGAAAAAAGGAGUAUAUAAUUAUCAUCGAUCUCAAUUUGUAAGUAAUUCUCGGAAGUAAAGAGAGUAAGAAGCUAUAAGUAAAUAAAAGAAUAAUUCUCUACCGUAUCCUCCACUGGUAUUCGUAAAUAUGACUUGAGAAAAUAACUCUCGACAGUAUAUAUUUUUUUCCAAAUAAAUAUUAACCGAUCAAGAACAGAUGUUUUAAUUAUGCAAUUAAGUAUCACGAAUACAUGGAACGGAAACGAAAACAGAUCGGUGCGUUUGUAGAGUUGCUUCGACAUCACUUCGUCGAAUUUGGUGUGCUCGCUUAUGGAUAAAGUGUACCUAAGUAUGGCAUCUUCACAUACAAUAUAUACCUAAGUAAUGUAUUACUUUCUUCUAUCAUAGAGUUACGAAAAGAACGACAUUUACACAGAAAAUGUUUUCAACAAC